UUCUCGCUGUGUCCAUUAACAGUUACCUUAAACGCAGCAGUAAUACUGGUAAUAUGCCAAGAUCCAUACAAGGAGCUUAGGGGAACAGCCGCCAACUACUUCAUUUUAAACCUUGCUGUGUGCGAUUUUCUCAUCGGCUUUCCCGGCGAGCUACUGCUUGGACUUCGUCAUUGGUUUCCUGACAACCGUACGCUUAUACAAGCAGGGUAUUCUGUCAACCACGUAGCGUUUCUUGCUUCGAUUUUUACGAUCCUUAUCCUUGCAGUGGAACGGCUCAUUGUCAUCGCUUUCCCCUUAAGAAGAGUCAAACUGACGACUUGUAACAGAAAUCUUUGUUUUAUGGCAGUGUGGUUAUCAGCUUUAACCUUGGCGAUACCUACCAUUAUACGUUGGGACUUGUAUUUAAAAUCUGAUAUAUCUUGGGUUUUUAACUUCAUCUGCAUCCCUAUAACAAUCAUAGUUUUUUGUUGCUACACGGGGAUUUACGUUCUGGUAAGAAGACAGUUGUAUCGCAAUGUAGAAAGGGAACGGUUAUUAGAAGGACAGUCUUUGACAGAAAAUUCUCGCCUGGUGCAAAAGCUGAAAAUGAAGGAGAGAAGUGUGGCGUACACAACAUUCAUAUUGGUUUUGGUACUUACGGUUUGUUGGAUUCCAGUAUCUGUCGCUGUAAACAUAAAUGCAUGGUGCAGUGCAUGUCUUUGCGAAUACAAUUGGCACUAUCUGGUUUGUUUGACAUUUCUGCACCCAGUGCUAAACCCGAUUGCUUACUCAUUACGUACCGCCAGGUUUCGAAAAGCCUUUAGGAAAGUUAUCGGAAAAAGUAUUUUUUAA